GACCCACACUGGGUCUACUGCAGCAAGUUUGUCAUGUACUUCCUCCACCACCUGUCCAUGUGCCUGGAGCGGCUGGAUGAGAGUGCCUUCCCCACCCCAGAGGCCUGUCAACACAUCCUGAACACCGUCCACCUGCUACUGAAGACGUCUGAGAUGGUUUUUACCAGCCACAUGGCUUACAGUCCUGCCCGUGUUGCUAAGGAGAAAAGGAAAAGCUCAAGCUGCUGGCUACCCUGGUGGUUUGUGUUCGUGGGCUGGUUCUUGCUCGUCUCCAUCAGUGUUGUGUCCACGUACUUCACCCUGAUGUACGGCUUUUCCUAUGGGAAGGAGAAGUCCAUCCAGUGGGUUAUCUCUUUGGCCAUGUCCCUCUUCCAGAGCAUCUUCAUCAUGCAGCCUCUUAAGGUGAUUGGCAUGGCGAUCUUCUUUGCCCUCCUCCUCAAGCCAGUGGCAGUAGAAGACAGUGAGGAUGUUGGACUACUCCUGAAAGAACAACGGGAGAUGUGUAAAUUGUACUCGGGCAGGGAGAUACACUGAGGAAACACAAUUUAGCUUGACAUGCUGUCUCCAGAGGAUCAAUGGGGUUGGAAGGCCUGAUGCCCUACAACAGACAUCCUCUGCUCUGCUGCACUGACUAUCAAUGUGGCAAAUUGAGAAUAUAAGUUAUUUGAAAAUACAGUUGUAAUGUUUUCAUUGAAUACUUGUUACUCUUAUCUUAUAAGAAA